AUGCGCCGAGCUCUCGUCCCUCUGCUGGCAGCGCGUAGCUUCUGCCAGGUCCAGAAGCAGCCCCUCCGGUGCUUUGCGACCACGCCGCGCUCGGUGGAUUUCCCAGGGCUCGCAUCCGCACCCACCCCUGAGCUGGUCCUGGGGACAGCGCCGGCACCUGAGGCCGGCGGGAGCUCAGAGUACCCGGUUCGUCUGGGCUCCGCGGCGGUGGCGAAGCUACUCGAGUUGGAGGCAAAGAAUCUGCGAUCAGUGCUUCGGCUGACUGUCAACAGCGGUGGCUGCUCUGGAUAUUCCUACGACUUCCGUUUGGAGCCUGGUGACAUGAAGCCGGCAGGUGAUGACAUUGUGAUCGACCAGAAUGGGGCGAAGCUCAUCGUAGACGAGCUUUCCAUGACGUUCUUGGAGGAGUGCGAGAUCGACUACACAGAGGAGAUGAUCCGCGCAUCCUUCUCCGUGGUCAAGAACAAGCUCGCAGACUCCAAGUGCGGCUGCGGCAGCUCUUUUAGUGUGGCUUCCUUCUGA